AUGGGUGAUGCGAUCCGCCCAAGCGACGAUGAAUUUGAUCAGAUACUCCGCAAGAGCCUAGGGCAGUGGUCCUCCUACCUCGAUCUUGCUAAGGAAUUCCCAUUCUUUCCUUCUGGAAGCUUCGACCCAAGGGAAACUCUUGGACCAAUACCACAUUUUCUCGGGCAGGGAAGUCUUCCACCGAAUACGUCCUAUGCAUGUGAGGAGCGAUCGCUACAAGGUGCAAACGGUUCCCUUUUCAUCAAUGGGCAGUCGAUAUGGAGGACUUCAAACGGAGAAUGUACUCUUGACCCCAGGGUACUACCCAAACAGCUACUUCUAGCUGUGCAAAACUCGAUGAAGGUCGAGUUCCCGGAAAGUCAACUUCCCUCGGAUCGGCACUGUUUAGAUGGCGGUUACUUCAACGACGAUGAAAAACAUAUCUCCGUUCUUUUCUUGGCCUGGGCUUAUAUUCUCUCUGCCCGAUGGUCGGAACUGCUCAGUCGCUCUUCUGAGCAUCCCUGCCAGGUAGAAUUCAUCCCGAAGUUUCCAAAUAACACACAGGAGGUACCUACUGGUUCAGACCGGCAAGCUACGAUCGAAGUCGAUGUGGGCGACGAAAUUGACGAAGCUGAAGCCUUUUGGUGGAACGCCAUUUUACGCUGCGAUAGUGGUUGGAACAUAAGCUCUCUUCAUCGCCACAAUGUUUAUUUAUCGCCAUGGUCUGUGUCAAUCUGCGGAAAGUCUGGUUUCUCCAUCACGGGGAAACUUUCAAUGGAGAAAGGAAAACUUCCAUCCUCGGCAACUGCACUCGAGUAUAUCUCUCGGUUCUGCAUCCGUCAUGAUUUAUACGAUCAAUGCUCAGCUUCCCUUUCUGCGGCGCUCUACAUUCCUCAGUUGCGUAACAAACCACUUGCUUUUCCUUUAUCAACCCACAAUUUGCUAUUUAACCCACCACAGAGGGGAGCAUCGAUUGCUGCGCUCAUCAAAGAGUAUAAAGAAGUGCUCCCCCAUCUAAUGACAUUGAGUUCCAACGCCUGGGGUAUACGAUCAACCCUACACAGCGCCUUUUUCAACCCGGAAAUUCCAUGUCAUCUUGUCAGCCCUUGGCUGAAUCCAGCUUUCGCGAUAAUUGACCCUAUACUAAAACAGAAUGACUUUUCUACGCUCGCAAAACUUCUCGCACUACGCAAUCCUCGACUCGGAUCACUGUGGCUUGGUGCAAUAUUGACGGGCCUUGCUGCCUCAUUCCUACGUGGUGUACGAGCGGGAUGCACUGCGAUGGAUAUCCAUGCUGCUGGAUGGACCGACACAACCCAGACCUUCUUGACCUGCAAGCUGGGAGUGAGUAAUGGUGAAUCAAUCAGCCGAGAGGAUGAAGGUCGGCUUCUUUUUAUAACAAAUUGCGACGAGUACCACUCACGCGUCCCUAUUGAACCUUGGAAGCCUUUCGGUGAGACUCCAACAUGCGACACAGAAAUUGAAGUCCGAGAACAUGUCCAAUGUGGAUCGCAUUGCCUCGAAUAUGAGGGGUGGAAUUGGCUUCUUACGGACGCAGAUCCAAUUCUAGACCUUGGAUUGGAAAAUCAUCGACCUUCCGUCGAGGAUCGCUCGGAGAAUUGUCAAGUUGACGCUUUGGCACAGUCACAUUCCUUGGACUAUGAGGUUUCCUCUCAGUUAUACUCGGAAUUGGCUACACGCGGAAUAUUCGGUUGGUUAAGAUCAACUGGCUAUUUAUUAAAUGAAAAGCCCCUGUACGAGCAUUCGUGGAUUGACCUAGAAAGCUCUGAGGAGGAACUGGAUGACAAAGAUUCUGAUAUUGCCGAGAUAAAUUGUUCCAAAAGCAAUUCCGUUGAGAAAUGGCUCGACAAUCUGGAAUAG